UAUCAACCCAGGUGUAGGUAAAAUAUGAUCUGUUUUAUUAGUCCAGUUUGUCGGGCGAGUCGCGGAAGAAUUCGGCAAAGUGGUCUUCCGGAUGUCUUCCAUAGAUCGCCUGGCGUUGCCAAGGCGACACAGAGUGUUCGACGAGCAGUUACUUCCGUCUGGAGACACGCUACCCUAUUGGACAAUUUUAUCGCUGGACUCGAAAUUGCCCGCCGUGCCGAGUCCGCGUGGAGCCUACACCUUGACCACCACGGAGGUCGGGACCCCGAAAUACAGAACUAAACAGCGGUUUGACUUUGACCUCAGUGAUCCACUAGGUUACAAAAUGAAAGAUGCCUACAACGCACUGCAUGAUCCCUAUCUGAAAGAACACUUCGAGGAAACGAGAAACCGGAAACACUUGGUCAAGAACGGCCUGGUGACGUCAUCGGGCAAAGUCGUCUGCGAUCUGAAGGAAUUUAACAGCUACCGCGAGUACCUGCACCACCGCAACGCCACCCUGCUGCAUAUGAGCAAGGGGAAGGACCAGAAGCGACUACACGCCGCCAGGAAGAACGAGCAAGUGCGCAGAGAGAAAACAGAAGCAGACAAUAACGGUUCCGGUGACAGCAGUUAUUCCAGUUACGGGAGUCUGACCCUCGUUGAGAAGAUUCGUCGACGCGAAGCGUUUCUUUCCAAUCAGCUUGAAGAGAAACGGAAUAUGGAGGCUGAGGAGCAUGCGCGGCGUGUGCAGCGGGCGUGGGAAGAAAGGAAACGGAGGCAGGAGGAGGCUCUGAAGAAGGAAGCUUCCCUGGGAUCUAAAUAUCUGCACAGAGAAAGGAGCCUGGCCAAACACUGGGAGUAUCAAAUCGCGCGAAAGAGAGCUGGAAACUAGACUGAAAUCUCAAACGGUGUUCAUGUAGUUUGUGCUCUGUUACUUUUUUGUUUAUAAUUUUUUUUUUCUUUUUUUUUCGUCAUUAUUUAACUUUAAAUUGAUUUAAUGAAUACAUCUUAGAUAAUUGAUUUCCUAGAGUGACAUUAUACAAUUGUAUACAAAUACUCUGUAAUUUGUUUUAUUUUGUAGUUUUAAUUUACCAUGUUUCAGACGGUGUUAUUGAUUUAUUUUUAUUUAUUAUUAUUAUUAUUAUUAUUAUUAUUAUUAUUUAACUAAAACUUGAUUUAAUGAAUACAUCUAAAAUAAUUGAUAUCCUAAGGGUAGCAUAAACAAUAUCCAUAGUCUGUGAUAGAAGGUGCAUUUGCUUUCAAAAACAUAAUCCAGCUCUUUGCCUAUAGUGACAUACCAAGUGUAUACAAAUGCCCUGGGAUAUGUUUUAUUUUGUAGUUUUAAUUUAUUAUUUCUCAGACGGUGUUCACGUAUUUUGAGCCCUGCUUUUUUCAUUUUUUUUUUUUUAAAACUCGCAAUUGCUUUAAUAUUAUUGUCUGUGAUAGAAGGUGCAUAUGCUUUCAAAAAUAAUCCAGCUAUUUGCCUAUAGUGACAUACCAAGUGCAGACAAAUGCUCUGGGAUGGGAUGUGUUUUGUUCUGCAGUUUUAGUUUAUUGUGUCUCAGACGGUGUUCACGUAUUUUGAGCCCUGUUAUUAUUGUUUUCUAAUUAUUAUUAUUAUUUAUGGUUAUUAUUAAACGUAAAAUUGAUAUAAUGAGAACAACUAAAAAUGACGAUCUCCUAAGGGUAGCACAAGCACUAUUCUUCGUUUGUGAUAGAAGGUGCACGCGCUUUCAAAAUAACCCAGUUGAGAGGCGGAUCUAGGGGGGUGGGGGCAGGGCCCCCCUAAAUUCUGCGAUAGUUAUAAUUUUAUUAUAUAUUAAUUUUCAUUUGGUUACGAUCCCCUUCCAAACCUUCCCCAAAGUUUCCAUGGCAUUCCGCCUCAUGUCACUGCCCCCCACCCCAAUGGAUUUUCUGGAUCCGCCACUGCAGUUGUUUGCUUAUAGUGACAUACCAAGUGAAUACAAAUAUCCUGGAAUGUCUUUUAUUUUGUAGUUUUACUGUAGUAUGUUUGCUGUAACUUUACCUAUUAAAAUUAUUUAUUUUUAUAUUAGCGCCUUUGUUAAGCUUAUAAGAAUAAUAUGUACCCCAAAACAAAUUUUAUAAAAUAAAAUACAAUUUCAAUGUGAGUCGCGUUACAGGAAAUAGAAACAGUUUGUCUUAAGUAUGAAGUCAGCCAUGAAACUAUUUAUUUUCAAUAUACAUACAUCUAUGGACUUACCACGAACAUAAAUAUUUUAACUAUAA